AUGAUCUCAGACACCCAUGGGAAUGCUAAACCAUCCCCCUUUUCAGGUGAAGUCUCACCGAUAGUGUCGGAAAAGCCUUCCACCAUGACGUGGAAUCCACCCUCCGAUGCACCUGCAGAGGCUCCGAAUCGACCUCCAUUGACCUCGCAUCAAUCCAACUCUCUCCCUUCGACGCCGUACCAGCAUGCGCGCAACCUCUCCUUCCACUCCCGAUCCCCCUCUCCCCCGCACGGCAAUACUUCCCCUCGGUCCACCCACUCCGAGACGACGCAUCUCCCCCCGUCACGUAAACCGUUCGGCGUCUGUAAAUAUGAAACUGCCAUGGCCUUUUUUCGGCGACGGAUACCGUAUAGUCUCGGAACAGACCUGCUACCCGAGGAGAAGGAGGGGCUCAAAGAGCAGUUGGAGCCAGAAGAGGAGAAGAGGCUGACGGCAGACAUGAUGGAGGUAUAUGAUCGGUUAUUGCCAUCGGCGGAGAGCGAUGAUCGACGACGCCAACUCAUUUGCAAACUCGAAAAGCUCUUCAACGACCAAUGGCCAGGCCAUAAUAUAAAGGUUCACGUUUUUGGGUCUUCGGGGAACAAGCUCUGUUCAAGUGAUUCGGACGUGGAUAUCUGUAUAACUACGACAUAUAAGGAGUUGGAGCAUGUGUGUAUAUUGGCCGAUGUUCUUGCAAGGCAUGGUAUGGAACGGGUCGUUUGUGUUUCCCAUGCGAAGGUUCCCAUUGUGAAGAUCUGGGAUCCCGAGCUACGCCUGGCGUGCGACAUGAAUGUCAACAACACCCUGGCGCUCGAGAAUACCCGCAUGAUCCGGACAUAUGUCGAAAUCGACGAACGCAUGCGGCCUUUGGCUAUGAUUAUAAAGCACUGGACAAAACGGAGGAUACUCAAUGACGCUGGCUUGGGAGGCACAUUAAGCUCUUAUACGUGGAUCUGCCUGAUCAUCAAUUUCCUACAGACGAGAAGUCCUCCGAUAUUACCGAGUCUCCAGGCCCGCCCUCACAAAAAACGGUUGACCAAUGAUGGUUUGGUUUGCUCCUUCGAUGACGACCUUAAUGCAUUGUCCGGGUAUGGACGAAAAAACAAGCAGACUGUGGGUGAGCUGCUUUUUCAAUUCUUCAAAUACUAUGGUCACGACCUCAACUAUGAAAAGAAUGUCAUUUCCGUUCGAGAAGGAAGAUUGGUUUCCAAGGAAGGAAAAGGCUGGCAUUUGUUGCAAAAUAAUCGCCUCUGCGUGGAGGAACCUUUCAACACAUCUCGGAACCUGGGCAACACGGCCGACGAUACUUCGUUUAGAGGCGUUCACAUGGAAUUGCGCAGGGCGUUCAAGGCGGUUUCCCAAGGCGAUCUCACGGACUGUUGUGAACAAUACGAGUUCCCACCGGAGGAAGAGCGAACCUGGGAGAGACCCCCGCCCCAACCGCGACCCAUCAUUACCGCAGUUCCGUCGCAUUCUGCCCGAGGAGGCCGUGGGGGUGGCCGUGGUGGCCGAGGGUCAAACCAGUAUACGCGCGGUGGGCAUUCCGGUAGUCGCCGGGCGUCGAAUACGCCGAACAAGUCGAACAAUUUCCGUCACUCCAACAAUGGCAUGAGUGCUUCUGAACUUUCUUUGCAGGCGCAACAGGCGCAAUAUCUAUUACAUGAUCAUCUCUAUCAGCAGAUCCAGAUCCUGCAAGCCCAAGAACAGGAGUUGCGACUCCAACUUCAGAACCAGGCCUUAUUAACGGGAAGAUCUCCCCCGGUCCUCAUUCGCCAGCCGUUCAUACAGUUCCCGGUACCACAGCAGGAGUCCGCUAGUGAAGAGAAUUCUCGGUCGAGAUCUGGGACAGUAAAUCAGCCUUCCGGCUCGUCGUUCCGCCAACAAGUUUACUACAACCCUGCCUACCUUCCAGUCGCCGUUCCUGGUGUGCAAGGAACCAGCACAAAUCCUCCGUCACCAUCGGCAACAGCUGCUGCGCCUGAUCUGCGACGGAAUCCUCGUCGCUCUUCCGGUGCAAAUGGGUCUCCGGGAUCUCUCAGAGCGCACUCGCAGCCUGCGCGGCCGAUGAACUCUCCAAAUCUUCAGAGCUUUGCCCCACUCUACUCCGUUUCUCAACCCGUUGACGGAUCACAUGCUUCUAAGCACCAGACUGCCGGCUCUCCAGAGGGCGCGCAAAAUGAAGAGGAAAAUCCUUUUACGCCCAGCAGUCUGCCCAAUGCAUCUCGCUCUACGUUCAUGGACGAGAACCGAACUGCUGAGUACAUGGGGUACUAUCUCGCGACUACCCAGCAAUUGCAAGCCUAUCACCAAAGUGCUAUGAUGUCGCCAAUGUCUGCUCCGGUCGGACUCGCGCUGCAGAACGGUGGGAUCUUGCCAUUUGUUGGGAAUCCGCAAGAGUAUUUGUCGGCGUUGUCAUCAAAUGACUUGUAUGCUCAAUCAGACCAAAGUUCUGCAUCAGCUACAAGGAGCAGCUCUUCACAACAGCGACCUGCUUCCCGACCAGUGCCGCCUGGAGAUCGCGGGCCUUUGAUUGUGGAUGGGUCUGUGCCUUUGAGCGAACAACGCACCGCCCUUCCGACAGAAACCAUCGAUCAUUAUGCCACGAUGAGCCAUUGUACCUCGAAUUCCGACGACCUCAACACGGAUACUCCUGCUAGCGUCUCCGAUUCGUUUUCUCAGGAUUUCCAGGAUAACAGCUCAGUUGAGAUUGACCAUUCUCCCUUUGCUCGGCAGCCCAUCGAUGCUCACAAAUCUGGAAAUCCAACCGAGCCUUUUGUAAAUGGACACAACGGGAGAUCUAGUCUGCUUUCAAGCCGGUUGCAAAACCUCCAUUUAUCGAAUGCCGAGAAGUUGGCCGAGACUCCAUCGAAAUCAGGACCGGAGAAGCCGAAGACCGUUCAUUCCCAUGGCCCAACAGACAAAGAGCCCUCUCGUCCUAGGCAGUUUACAUCAACGGCAGAGAAAGGUCCGGCGGCCUCGGGAUCGCCGCAGGCAGCAGAAUCGCAUGCCCCUUCAUCGCAUGGCAAACGUCGAACAAACGGUGUUGAUGCUUCUGAAAAGGUCAACGGGACCAAUCACAAGCCAAAGCCAAAGGGCCGACAUGACGCGUCGCACAACUCGUCUACAGGGCCAGGUGAUAACAAGGACCGACACACCAGUCACCCUUCACGAAAAUCAAAUGGCGCUGGCUCCACGAACCAUGACUCUGGUCCCACGCACACAAGCAGUGGCUGGCAGACAACGAAAAAGAAGCAGAAGAAGAAUGCGAAGUCGUCAGCAGAACGACAGGGUGUCCAUGGUGGCGCCGAACCACUUCCUGCGGAUGAAUCCCUGAGAAAGGGCGGCUGA